AUGCCCUUGGACCCAGGACUCGAUGAACUCUUGAUCAAACACUCUCAACACAAACUCACCCAGAAACAACUACUAGACCUCCUUUGUCAGCAAUCUACUUACGAAAAUCUGUCUCUUUGUAGCCUUCAAAGACAUCUCCAGCGACUUAAGCUGAGUACUGCUCAACCUAGCCUCAGUCAAGCCGACAAAGAUCAGUGUGCCACUCUCAUGAAGGAAUAUCAUACCAAACGAUGGCAACAAAAAGAAGUGGUUCAAGUUAUACAAAACCGUCACAAGUUUCCUUUAUUUACAAUGACAAUGCUCAAAUCAUUAUCAAAACAAAUAGGAUUGCAUUGGCGUAAAGAUGAUAUAGAGCUGGGUCUUAUUACAGCUGAGGAAGCAGCAAGAAAGAUGAUUGAAAGGAAACAAGCUGGCGAUGAAAAUGCAGGAUCACGUCGUAUGGCUCACAUCAUGGCAACCGCUGAAUCCGUCCGGCCCAAUCAAAACACUGUGGCCAAACUCCUUUCUGCAAUGCUUGAUAAGUACUAUCCUGACAGGGAUGAACUGUCUGUGGUAACAGCCGAACCACUCAGUACUCUGUUCAACAAUUUGAUAUCUCAACUAGGUUGGAAUGUAGACACACUCAAUAUCAACUCUGUGUGGGAUCUCCUCGAAGCAAUGCAUCAAAUUUUGAAAGAGCAGGACCUGAACCUUGAUGAUUUAAAAUCAGCAAACAAUUCUCAAAAUCACAAAUAUGAAGAUGAAGACAAUGAAGAAAUUGAAGAAAUUGAAGAUGAAGAAGAUGAAGAAUUGGAAACUUUGCUCAAAAGUGAAUACAAAUUUAUAGACAAAAGUGAUGAUGAUGGUGUGGAAUAA